UCCAUCCCUGGAUUCUCCAAGCACUGACUGCCCAUCCACUCUGACCACAGCCAGGGCCACAUCCCAGCGCCUGCCCAGCGCCCAUCCAUGGCGGUGAGCUCUGUGUUCCCACCUUCGGCUUCACCCACUGAAGGGGAUGAUCCAUGUGAGAUAGAUGUCACCAGUGUGGCCAUACACAUUGUGACACUGCUCAUCUGCCUCUGUGGGCUGGCUGGGAACGGGGCCGUCCUCCGGCUCCUCACACUGAAAGCCCACAACACCCGCAUCUUUGACCUGGCUGCUGUUGACUUCAUCUUCCUCCUCUUCGCACUCCCCUCUGCCCUGCUCUUCCUGCUGGAGGACGUGUCCUGCUCUCCUAUCCUGCCCCAGGUGUACGUGAGCUUCCUUUUCCAGCUGUCAGUGGUCUCCUACUACUGGGGGCUCUACCGCCUGGCCCGCCUCAGCGUGAUUAUCAACCUGAGAAAGCUCUUCCAGCUCUGCUGGUGCCACCCUCCCCUGCGCCUGCUGUGGGUAGUUGACAGUGCCCAAUUCUGGGCCUUCUUCGCUCUCUUCACUGUCAUUCCCACGGUGACAAUGAUGUGCCCAUCACAAGAGCAGGAGCACUGCCGGGUGGCUCUCAUCUCCAUGUUCGUUGUCAUCCUGCUCCUCAUUACUGCACCCUUGGUCAUCACCCGCACAAUUGACAUCGUUAAAGCCAAGUGUGGCUCCCAGCAGCAGCAACCCGAGAGGCGCGACAUCGUUGUCUUCCUCAUUGUGCUCUUCACUCUCUUCCUCAGCCUCUGGAAUUUCCUGCAGCAGCUCGGUUACACCGGUGUGUCAAGACAGGUUUUUUUCCUGCUCGCCUGCAUCAACAGCAGCAUCAAACCCUUCAUCUACUUCUCAGUGGGGAGUUCCUGGAGGCACUGCUCUGUGGGGAGGUGCUGGACGCUCUGUACCGUGAGGUUCCUCAGGGAAUCCCUCCGGACAGUCUUUGAGGAGCAAGAAAAAACCACUCCCAGCAGCAAUGCUGUGGGCAUGGACAUGGUGAUCUGAGCCUGUUGAUCCCUUCCCCUGCACAUCUGAAGGAUCUUGGGACAGUGGCUGAGGGUUUCCUUGAGCCACCAGAUCAAUAAAUAUCCACGGGAUCACCCUCCCUGUGCUGGUGUAAUCCCGCAGGAGAAAGGAGCAGGGGCAGUGCCAAGGGCAAUGUGGGAGGGAAGCUCCACCAGGAGCACAUUGGAGCAUGGAUUUCCUCCUCCCUCACAGGCCUUAGAGCACUGUUCCCCCAAAGGGAUUGUGCUCCACACAGCCGUGAUCCCUAAAAUCCCCCUGCCGUGGUUCCUGCAUCCCUCUGCAGUCUGAUAUCAAUAAACAGCUCCUGAAACCUGA